AUGAAUACCAACCUUUAAUUACACUUGCCAAAAUUACAGCAAUUCAUUUUGAAUUUUACAGAGGAGAAGAGUUCAGUAGAUUUAUCAAAGCUAUAGAGUACACUUGAAUUAAGAAUCCAAUAAAAUUUUAUUACACUUAAUGAAGUACUUCACUUUUAUGAAUAUUGCUAAUCGCAGUAAUUGAGUUUUUUACAAAAAAAUUAGGGAGUUCUUAAAAAUGCAUGGAUCGAGGAAUUGGACAGAUGAAGAAUGGAAAAUACUAUUAUGGGUAACUUAAUAGUAUUCUUUAUUACAUUUAAAAAGCAGUGAAGAAUUUGUAAAUCUAUAUAAGUUUACUUUAGUAAGGAUAGGAUUGGAAUAAUAUUUCUGAAAUAAUAGCUUUCAAAGACUCAUUAAAUUGUUAAUUUAAAUGGUUUUCUCAUUUGAGAGUUGUUCCUUCAAAUAAAAAUUGGUUGCCUGAAGAAGAUAAAUUACUUUAUAAAAUAAUGACAAAAGAACCAAACAUCAAGUGGUAUGAAGUUUAAUAUGAAAUGUUUAUUUAAUCAUAAGGAAUCUAUUUUAGAAAAGCAAAAUAAUAUAGAGAGAGAUGGAAUAAUUAUUUGAAUCCUUAAGUAAAUAGGUAAAGUUUUGGUUUAUCAUCUAAGAGGUAUUUGGACUGAGCUUGAUGAUUACAAUUUAUUGUAAAUUACAUUAGUGGAAGGAUUGAGAUGGUCAAACAUAUCCAAAAAAUUAAAAAAUAGGACUGAGAACUAAGUUAAGAAUAGAUUCAAAAGUAUAAUAAACAAAGAGAAAAAGAUAGUCUAAAUUCCAUAAGAAUUAUUAUAAGAUUAAUAAGAAGAUCCUUUAAAACAUGGAUUAGAUAAAAUGACUGAAUUCUUAAUUCAUUCAAUUUUAAGUAGAUUAAAACCAUUAGAUCAUGUUUAGAAUUCAAAUAGCAAUCAAUAAGAAUAAUAAAGUUAAAAUAAUGAAUAAUCAUUCUCUUAGAUUCCUUAAUAUCCUUAUAUGAUAGCUCCAUAAUAAUAUUAUUAUUAACAAUUUCCAUAAAUACCUUAGAUCUAAUAGAUUUAAACAAUUCCUAUAAUGCAACCAUAAUUAUAAACAAUUAAUCCUAUCAUUCCUUGUUAAUAAUAACAAUUAUAAGGAAUGAAUAUUUAGAUUCCACAAAAUUAAUCUUUAAUUUCGUAAUAACUUAUGCAAUAAUAAUUAAUUCAAUAAUAAUAAUAAUAAAUGAUUCCAAAUAUUUAUUAAGCCUAAUUUAUUCCUUAAUAAUUUAUUUAAUAAUAAUAAUAACAAUAUAAAUUCAAUUUAUAUUCAUCAUAAUAAAAUACUCCAACUAAUUCUAUUGGAACUUUAAGUUCUUAAAGAUCAGAAAAACUAAUUUCAGAUUAAAUAAAAGAAGAAGAGAAUAGUGGUUCAUCUUCAAAUAAAGAGCCUAAAGUUUAAAAAUUGGUAUGUGUAUCUGCUUAAUCAUCUAUUAAUGGUUCAACUAGUUCUGUGAAUUCAUUAGAUGCAAUUAAACAAAAUUUUAAUAAUAUGCAUUUAGAUUCUGAAUAAAAUAGUCCAGAUCCAAUUCAAAAGAGAAAGCAUUAACGAUCAUAAUCAGGGGCCUUUGAUGUAAAUAAUUAAGGAAAAGUUAAGACUAAGAGAUCGAGAUUCUUUUAUGCUUCGAAUGAUGGUUGA